AUGUCUGAGAUUUCCGUCGUCAACGCUCCGAGGACCACACUCCGGCUCGCCUCUGGCAACGGCCCCAUAACUCGAUCUAUCCUGCAGACGCCGCUGCGGGAUGCCCUGCCAACCGAGAUUCCCAUCAUUGAUAUCUCUGGGGCGUUUAGCCCAGUUCUCAGCGACCGGAAGGCUGUGGCUCAUCAGAUCCGUGCCGCCGCCACGAGCUCCGGUUUCUUCUACGUUUCCAACCACGGCAUUGGCCCAUCAGUCACUGAGGCCGCUCACAGGGCUACCCUAGCUUUCUUCCGCCAGGACCUUGACACCAAGAUGCGUGUUUACACUAAAAAGAGUCACUACUUCAACGGCUACAAGCCUCCCGGCUCGCAGCGCAUCAACAAGGAUGAGAGCAUUGACGUGCGGGAGAGCUUCAGCUGGUCGUAUGACCCCCGCUAUGAUCCUGACGUUCCGAAUGUCGAGGCCAUUCCACCUGCGGCCCUCAAGUUCCUUCGCAUGGAGGACUUUCACUGGGAGGGCACUGACCAUUUACCCCAACUCAAAGAGUCUAUGGUCGCCUACUGGCGAGCGUGCCUAGCCCUCGCGCGGGUACUCAUCCGCGCCUUUGCACUCUCCCUAGAUCUACCUGAGGAUUACUUCGACGGCAAGUUCGCGUACCCCGACGCAACACUUUCAUUAAACUACUACCCGCCCAUCACCCCCUCAGUGCCCGGUGAUACAGAGGAGACGGUUUCGAUCGGCUCGCACACCGACUUCCAGCUUUUCACGAUGCUGUGGCAGGACGACACGGGAGGGCUGCAGGUGCUCAACCGCGAUGGACAGUGGAUCAACGCUGCACCAGUGCCGGGAACUCUGGUGGUCAACAUUGGGGACUACUUGCAGCGAAUUACCAAUGAUUUAUAUGUCAGCACGGUACAUAGGGCGCAGAACUGGAGUGGUAGUGAGCGCAUAAGCAUGCCCUUCUUCUUUGGCUUCGGACUGCAUGAGACUUGUGGGGUGGUGAAGAGCUGUAUGAAGGAAGGCGAGCAGCCGAAGUAUGAGGAAAUUGGGUGCGAUGAAUGGGUGAGGCGGAGAGUCAUGGCGAUGCACAAGAUCGGGGGAACUAACUGA